AUGGCAGUUCAAAUUGCCCGGCAGCGUGCCGAAGCAGCCGCUGAGGCGGGCAACGCCAUCAUGGAGGAGGGUGGCGGCGGCGGUGCCGAUGGCGGCGGUGAAGAGUGCGUGAACGGGGUCGGCGACAGCGAAGCCACUGCCGCCGCCGCCGCCGAUGGUGCCGCCGUUGGCCCCUGCAGCGACCCGUCCGGCCGCGGCUGCAGCAGUGGUGUUGAUUCUAGCGGUGUUGGCGACAUGCAGGCUGAGCUGGGUCGUAUGGCCCAGGAGCUGCGGGCGAGUGUACGGGAUGUGGCCAUCAGGCUGGAAGCGGUCAUCGGCACCUGGCAGGGGCUCUCCGUGGCGGUGAAGACGCUGGUGUUCUCCGCGUCCGACGACAACAGGCGGAGGUCGUUGCAGGAGGCGGCGCUGUGUGCCAGCAUCAGCCACCCUAACGUGGUGGCGACGUACUCGAGUGAGCUCCAGCCGCUGGGCGCGCUGGGGACGGUGACGGGCCCCAAUUCCGCGACCUCCGGCGAGCGGGAGAAGGUUCCGGACGGCGGUAUGCCCCCUCCGCCGCCGCCGCCGCCGCGGGAGCGGGAGAGGGAGCGGGACCUCUCGCAGAUUCUGGAGUGGCGGCUGUACAUCAUUCAGGAGUAUGCUGACGGCGGGCCGCUGAGGAAGUUGUACGGCAAUAAGGCCCUGUGGCCGUCGCCUGGCGUGGUCAACUUGUUGACGUGA